GAAGACAGAAUCCAAGGGGUGUGUAACAAUGGCUGCUCCGCUACUCCUCAGAGGUUUACCUCUUUGCCGCAUUCGCUUCUGUAAAUAUCAACGCCUCCACUAUCCUAGCUCCCUUUUAGUUUCUCCGAGUCGGCUCUUUUCAACUGCUUCCGAGUCAGCUCAGCCGUUCGAUGAAGCCGGGUCAGAUAGGGACCCGACUACUGCCGUGUUAACCGCUAAAGACCCGCCCAAGUACCCGAUAUGGCCUGACCCGGAUUACAGAAAAUGGAAAGACCAAGAAACUCAGAUACUCAAAGAUAUUGAACCCCUUAUUUUCCUGGCUAAGGAAAUUAUCCACUCUGAUAGGUAUAUGGACGGAGAACGUCUGACAGCAGAAGAUGAGAAAAUAGUGGUAGACAAGCUUCUUGCUUAUCAUCCCCAUUCUGAAGAUAAAAUUGGAUCUGGCCUCGACUCAAUUAUGGUUGAUCGGCAUCCCCAGUUCAAACGGUCAAGGUGUCUCUUUGUCGUAAGAACAGACGGUGGAUGGAUAGACUUUUCCUACCAGAAGUGUCUGAGACAGUACAUUCGAGAUAAGUACCCUUCUUAUGCCGAAAAAUUCAUAAAAGAACACUUCAAACGCGGUAGCUGAGUUUGUAUUGGAAAGCCUCGCCUCACAUAAAUACUAAAGCUGGAAGCUGUUGGCAUGUAGAGCCCUCAUGGUGGGUCUUUGUCCUUGAAGGAACAAGAAAAUGACGGAUCUUAUGAAUGCUUGAUGUGCGGCUAAAGGUGUUCAUGGAUUCAAUGACAACAAAUGACUUUCUGAUACCUUUAGUCAAUGUGGUAGAUAUUAGUUGACCAGCAUUUCAAGUUUUAUUUAGUGGAAGAAGAAAGUUGAUGGAAAUAAACGUUGAUAAAGAGUAUUAUUCCAUAGUAAUUAGUUGGAUUUGCUUGUAAUGUUGACUGUCACUUCUUUUGAUGAAUCUCUGUCUCUAUCUUCUUUAAUUUCUGAAGGCACAUUACCUGGCA